CGAAUGACCAUAUCGCGGUCCACGUGCCACACUAGUCGGGCUCUGGGGAUACGUGAAGUUUCACUCUCAAUGUUGUAAACUUUCCAUGAGAAUCUUUAGCACGCCCUUGCAAAUAUCACUACAAGUAACUGAAAGGGAUGAGCGACCAAGAUCACACCCCUACCGCCUUUGUGGUGUCAAACCGACUUCCCAUCACAAUCCAUCAGUUAGGCGAUAAGCAAUACGAUUUCGUACCAUCAAAUGGUGGCUUGGUUGGAGCCCUCCAUGCCCUCUCGCAAUCUACAAAUUUCAAGUGGUAUGGCUGGCCAGGCGUCGAAGUACCAGAGCAGGACCAGCAGCUGGUCAAAGAGGAAUUAUCGAAGAGAGACGCCGUUCCUGUGUUUUUGGGGAAUCAGUUAGCGGACAAACAUUACAAUGGAUUUUCAAGUCCUGCGACUCCUUCAUAAGCCAAGGCGUGAUGAUGCUAACUUGGAUCCCAGACAAGAUUCUUUGGCCUCUAUUUCAUUACCAAAUGCACGAAAUCCGCCUCAGCCACCCGGACUGGGAAGCUUACCAAGAGGUGAAUCGCUACUUCGCCGAAGCUCUACUUCCCGAACUGAGAGCCGGAGACGCUGUGUGGAUACAAGACUACCACCUUUUAUUAUUGCCCUCAUUCCUACGCCAAGCCCUGAACAGGUGCAAGAAGGAUGUGAAGAUAGGAUUCUUCUUACACACCGUUUUCCCAAGUAGCGACUUCUUGAGGAUUUUGCCGGUGAGAGAGGGCAUUCUAGGCGGGCUUCUAAACUGUGAUCUUGUUGGAUUUCAUAAUUCUGACUAUACUGACCACUUCCUGCAAAGCUGCCAGAAGACUAUGUACGCGUGCCGAAACUUUUGAGGUCAAAAUUGGAUGCUGACACUGGCAUUCAGGCGCUUGGAGGUUUCUAACUGUGAGGUCAAGUAUGAAGGCCGAUCCGUCAGAGUUAUUACUUGUCCUAUCGGGAUAGACCCAGAAGAAUUUCAUGCAAGACUCAACCUUCCGAAGGUCCAAGAUCGUAUCAAAGUACUCCACAAGAGAUAUGAAGACGUAAAGCUUAUUGUGAGCGUCGAUCGCCUUGACUACGUCAAAGGAAUUCCGCUACGAAUGGAGGCGAUGGAGGCAUUAUUGACAAAGCACCCGGAACACAUUGGGAAAGUGGUUCUAUUACAAGUCCUAAUUCCAAGCCGGGAGGCUGUACAGGGCUAUCGGCAUCUACACCAUCAGAUUGACGAGAGUAUUUCCAGAAUCAACGGUAAAUUCGGUUUGUCUCUCUGUAAACAUCCACGGUCAAUCCUGCUUCUCACAGUCUUCAUAGGAGACAUCGAGUAUAGUCCGAUCCAGUCACAGUUCUGUUCCGUCUCCAAGGACGAAUUGACCGCUCUAUAUGCUGCUUCAGACGCUUGUAUAAUCUCAUCAACGAGAGAUGGAUUUAACGUGGUCUCUUUGGAGUACAUCGCAUGCCAGCGGGAUCGUCUUGGGGUAUUGCUAUUGUCCGAGUUUGCAGGUGCCGCCGCAGUGCUCGACGACAGUAUCAAGUUCAAUCCCUGGGAUACGGACAAGUUUUCAAAGGCCAUCCACCAGGCCGUCACGAUGGACGAAGAGGAAAAACGUCAGAGGUUCAACCAGUUACAAUCGUUUGUUAUGAGAAACACAAGCCAACGAUGGGGACAGACGUUCCUUGACGCACUGCAGAACACAGGGAGAACACAUAUAUGACAGACCCAGCGGCGAAAAUGUUGCCAAAAGCAUGUCUAGGCUUGGACAAGUGCAAGAGGGCCUACUGGUCAAGUUCGCACAAUGAUAAGGUGUUAUCUAUGAGACGAUGACUAGGGACAAAUACAGGAGGAAUCAUACAAAUUGCGAUCAUUACCGAGAUUUUGUAACGGGUAAAAACGCAUUGACCAUUGACUAGGUCUGGUGAACCUAUAGUCUCUUGUGUGAAGAGAACCCUCCCUCUGUCUACGAGUCUUGGACCUGGUUUUCUUAGGUGGAUUUUGCUUGUGGUGCUAGAACCACGAACCAACGCGAUCGCACGGCAGCUUGCGAUCGUUC